AUGUAUCCAAGAGAACGAGUUGAUGGAUGGAGGCUUUCCAAGUGUCAUUGGGAGUAUUGGGUUUCUCACGGAAUAGUAACUGGAGGAUUAUACAACAGCAAUCAAGUAAAAAAGAUCGGUGAGUCGAACAACGUAAAUCAAAUUCAAACUGAAAUUAUGAAAAAUUGACCCGUAGAAGCAGUUUUUACAGUUUAUGCCGAUUAUGUAUCUUACAAAUCAGGUGUUUAUCAACAUCACAGUGAAGAAGUACUUGGUGGACACGCCAUUAAAAUUUUAGGUUGGGGAGUGGAAAAUGGUGUUCUUUAUUGGCUUGAAGAAAAUUCCUGGAACCGUGAUUGGGGCGAUAAAGGUAUAUUUUCAAUAUUANACAUAACUCUAAAUAGAGCGGCCAUAGAGCGCGGCGCUAGGACGAAAGUAAUAGAUUUUAAAAUAACGCUAAAUUUUACAGAAGCAGUUUUUACAGUUUAUGCCGAUUAUGUAUCUUACAAAUCAGGUGUUUAUCAACAUCACAGUGGAGAAGUACUUGGUGGUCACGCCAUUAGAAUUUUAGGUUGGGGAGUGGAAAAAUGGUGUUCUUUAUUGGCUUGUAGAAAAUUCCUGGAACCGUGA